AGAGCCGCCAUUUAUUUCUUUCUAGUGCUCGACUCGGACGUAGUCACUGCGUUUUGUAUUAUCGCGAGAAUAUAAUCGUUUUAUAUGUGAAAAUUGUAUAUUAAGUUAUCUACAGUUAUUACAAUAUUCGUACUAUAUGUUUGUGUAUAUCUACAAUGAAAACUGGUGUGUGUAAUAUCUGAUAUGUGACGUGUAAAACGCAAGUAUGUCUGGCGUUUUCACAUCUGUUGUCAAUACUAAAUAACGUGGAUUAUGCAAGUUGGAUUGAGAUGUGGACCAGUAUUAGGUAAAUUUUGUGUUUAACAUGUUCUGUGAUAAAAAGUAUUAAAUGUGAUAUAGUUGGAAGUAGUUACAACUUUAUAGAACAUUGAAGGUAGUCAAUAAGACUAUGAGGGUUGUAAAAUAAUGCAGUGGCUGCACAAAAUAUUGACGCUGGCAAUAAUUUGCGCAGCUGUGGAGGCAGAGGAGUGUCCCUCUACUUGCAUAUGCACACCGGUUCGCUUAGCGUGCUCAGGCGCCGCCGUACCUAACAACAAACUCACGCGAGCCUUCCUAGAGAACUAUGGACCUUCACUCCAAGAGAUAACUUGGACGAACUCAAAUAUAACCUCUAUAGAAAUAAAUGUAUUUGACGGGCUACAUAAUAUUGAAUACAUCGAUUUAAGCAGAAACGAAUUAAAGAGAACUGAACAUGGGCUGUUCGCGAGACUGAAUCGUUUAAAACAUUUAAACCUGUCCAGAAACCAAAUCGACGACAUACCUAGAUUCACAUUCGCAGAUCUGGAUCAUCUGGAAGUCCUAGAUGUGUCACAUAAUAGACUUCAAGCUAUACCAUUCCAGGUCUUUGGACCGAUGAUAAGAUUGCAAUAUUUGGAUAUAUCUUAUAAUAAAAUUGCAACUUUCUUAGAUUACUAUUUUAAACCCAAUCGCCAAUUAAAAACACUGUUCCUAAACAAUAAUAGCCUAGUCAAAAUUACAUCUAACGCUCUAGUCAAUCUUAAGGAAUUGGAGACACUUGAUAUAUCUAGCAACAAAUUAGAUUAUAUACCCAAAGCUAUAUUUGAUAAUUUAGAACAGCUGAGAGACCUAAACCUCAGCUACAACAAUUUUCAAAACAUAUCACAAGAUGCUUUUAAAAAUCUCAAUAAUUUAAAAUCGCUUAAUAUUGGUGGAAAUAGACUAAAAGCCUUGCCCUCGAUGCUCUUCCAACAUAACGAAAAUUUGUUAACGCUCUACCUCGACCAUACAGAAAUUGCUGUUUUACAGAACACUAAUUUUAAAGGAUUACACAAUCUGCAGCGACUUUAUAUAAGAAACAACUUGAUGUUACGUGAAAUAGAAGCUUUUACGUUACAAGACACGCCAUCUGUGACGCAUUUGGACAUCAGUGCAAAUGGAUUAACGUAUUUGCCCCUGUCGUUAAAACUGUUAGAUAAUUUAAAAGAAUUAAGAAUAGGCAAUAACCCGUGGGCGUGCGACUGUCGAAUGGCUUGGUUCGUCAGCUGGGUGGAGGCUAGAAAAGAAAUAGUAAAGUCAGAUUUAAGUUGUAGGUUAACUUAUCCCAACGACAUGUUGAUGAUUUUAAACAAUACCAAUUGCGAGGCUCCACGUCUCAUCAAAAGCAGUCCCUUGACGCUGCAUAGACUACAAACAGAUGCUUUAUUGGUAUGCAAGUUUGGAGGCAAUCCGGCGCCUUCCAUAACUUGGAUCACUCCAACGAGAGAUGUAUACCAUUGGAAUCCAGAACCGUCAUUACCGGACAUAUAUUACAAACAUGGUAUCGCCCAUGAUCAGUAUUAUCGGCCGAUUGACUACAGUAAAUCUCGAGUGAAACUACGCGAAGAUGGAUCUCUAUUCAUUGCAGACAUUCAUAGAGAGGACAGUGGCACAUAUGUAUGCCUGGCUUCUAAUCCUUCGGCCAAUGUAACCACGGAAGUCGUCCUAAACAUAGAUCCUAUGACAAUGUUCGAAAUCAAAAUCUAUAGUUUGAUAUGUGGAGCGCUAUGCGCAGCUGGUUUUCUGGGCCUAACUUUGCUUGUGCAAGGUUUGCGUUACAUAUUCUACAGGUUUCGUCUAUUGGAGACUUGCUGCAGUUGUUGUACAUGCGUCAGUCGCGACGCACCCCGUACGAGACAAAUAUACUGUAUGUUGGACAAUAUUGAGCAGUACAAAAGACUGCAGUUAGAAAAACUUAGAGAAAAUUAUGCAGUUCAAGUUCAUCGAAUUAAAGAGAACUGCACUCAGCAAAUGGAGUGGAUUCAAAGUAGCUACUCGUCACAAGCGGCACACUUACGCAAUAUCAGAGACAUAGGGACGAAUCAUUUGACCGCUAUGAAAGAUCAAUAUUAUGAUCAGGUGAAACGCGUCCGCGAAUACUCUACUUCGCAGUUGAAUUGGGUUCGAGAAAAUUACGUAUUCCAACGAAAUAAAAUAAGAAAAUUCAGCGCUCAUCAGAUACUGAGACUGCGCGAAUCGUACAAGUACCAGCAGCAGACCCUCAACAAGGUGCUCGAGAACCUGCCCAGCCUGUACUUCGAGAACUGCCGCAGCGGCUCGUGCGGGCGCAGCGACUCGAUGGCCUUCGACCCCGACGUCGAAAUCAUCGACAUGUACCUCAAGACCAAGAUCGAGAUGCUGGCCAAGCUGCCCAGCCCGCCCGACGACGAGAGCCGCGUGUCCGUGUACUACACGCCCACCGAGCGCUCGGCCGACUCGCGCCGCACGUCGCCCGUCACCGUGCCCGACGGCGUGCACAUCAACAUGAUCGAGCCCAGCCCGCCGCGCCUGCUGGCCAUGGCGGCGCCGUCGAGCUCGCGGCGCCCGGCGCUGGAGCCGCUGCUGGCCGCCAGCGCCAGCUCGCCCGAGCUGAGCCGCGCGGGCGACGCGCGCGUGCUGCUGGCCGUGGAGCUGGCGGAGCGCUGCGGGCGCUGCGACGCGCUGUAGUCCCGGCUGGCGACGCGCGUGUUCCGCCUGUACGCGCUGCGUCCCGCCCACUGGCGCCCGUGCUACGUGUAGCUGUGAUAGUCUAGUGACGAGUGACGUUUAGCGAAGGUUAAGUUUCUCCUAGUGUGUAGGUCGAAGGAAAUCGUCUCCUGCGAGUGAGUAUCUUUCUUGUAAAUAUGGCCGUUCGUUUCGAUCGUUUCUUUUUCCAUUUUGAUGUAAUUUAGGAUAAACUCUUAGAGCAUUAUGCAUUUUAUAUUCGUUCGACCUAAAACGUAGUUUAAAGUUAGAGCGAGGUGUAAGGAAGUUGUUACUGUCGUUGUUGUAAUUGUCGCGUACCGCGUGGCGCGCUCCGCCGUGCGUACGUCCGUGCCGUUGCCUCCAUACACCCAUAGCGAGCCGUAAGCCCGUGUGCGUGAGUGACGAUCGAAUCUAACUACUAUUUAUACUAUCUCUAUUAUAAUUAUAUAUUGUGACACCGUCGUAUCGAAGUCUUGCAGUGAUAUGCCAAAUACUACAUACAACAAUGAUUAUAUUGUAUAUCUUUUCUUAAAAUAAAUUAUACAAGUAUUGUUGAAAUUUUCUAAAUAUUAUUAAUGAGAAUAAGUAAAUCAUGAAGAAUAAAUUAUUUUUCAAUGUAU